GCAUCAUGGGUAACGGUAGGGAGGAGAGGAGAUGAUGUCUUAACCUUCUUAUAUAUAACUUUUAGACAGAUGUAGGCGCGGCGAGAGACGAGGAGUGAGUGUAAUGCUUUUGCGUGUCUCGCAUCAUGCUCGCCUCAUCUCGCGGCGAUUAUACGUGAUAUCGUCUAACGAAGCGAGCAGACUCGCCGAGUUCCGCCGAUAAAGUUCCACGACAUACAGAUGGUUAUCGCGACCGAGUUAUCCGAUUUCCAUCCGUUAUAUUUAUAGAGCGCACCCGGUUUAUUUUCUGCAUGUCAUUCGGCCCCGAAAAAUACACAUCCACUGGCUCUGACAUGUCCUAAUCGUAAGUGCACGUCUAUGAUGGGUGAACAACAAAGCGAUGAAAUAUAGCUAUAUAUUGUAAGAUUAUACGUAUAUUAUAAUUAUGUGUGUUGUUGCACAUCGAUUCACCUAACUAGAAUCAUUACAAUUGAAACACAAGUUGUAAGGAAGGAAACUCAAAAUGGAAUCGGCUAUAACUGGGCGAAGGAGGACUGCCACACGGCAUUCUGCGGAAGAUCAAGCACUUGAUCAAAUAGCUAAAGAGGCAGAAGCAAGACUUGCUGCUAGGAGACAGGCAAGAGCGGAAGCCAGAGAAAUACGAAUGCGUGAAUUAGAGAGACAACAAAAAGAGGCAGAGGAAAAUGCCGAUAGGGUUUAUGAUAUGUGUACAGUUGAUGUGAAUAGAAGUAUGAGAGUAACUCCAGAUCCAGUACGUACAUCACGGCUUCUUACAAAUUCCAACAAUUUCCAAUCAAGUCGCAGAUCUUCAGAAGAUUCAUUAGAAGAUGCAGGAUUAAGUAGAGAUAUUAGGCUGGAAUUAAAAGAAUUUGAAGAAAAAUUCAGAAAGGCAAUGAUAGCUAAUGCUCAAUUAGACAACGAAAAAUCAUCUUAUGUCUAUCAAGUUGAUUUAUUAAAAGAUAAAUUAGAAGAAUUAGAGGAAACAAUUGUACAAGUACGUAGAGAACUGAGGGAAAAGAAUCGAGAUUUCGAACAAUCAAAACGAGUUAAUCAGAAAUUAAAAGAAGAUUUAGGUAUUUGCAAGGCACAAUUAUUAGAAAGAGAUACACUUAUACAAGAGAAUGGCUUAAUUAUCAUUGACAAUGAAGGAAGCGAAGAUGAAGAUAAUGAAAAUAUUGAAAAUAGGUCAUAUUGUAAAAAGAGGGUACUAGUCAGUACAGAAGCUGCAGAAUUAUUGGAAACUGCUGGUAAAGGUUCUCUGGAUGUCCGAUUAAGAAAGUUUGCUUUUGAAAAAAAGGAAUUGCAAGAUGAAAUUCGACAUUUGAGAUUGGAACUGGAAGAAACUAGAAAUCGCAUGAGAUCCGAGAGAUCAUCUGGUUCAGUAUUAGCAGGUUGCUUGUCCGAAAACGAAGAUAUUCAGCGUGAGGCAAAUAAAUUGUUAGCAGAUUAUAAAUUUAAAUUACAAAAAGCAGAACAAGAUAUGUCCACGCUACAAGCAACAGUAGCUAGAUUGGAAAGUCAAGUAAUUCGUUAUAAAUCAGCUGCAGAAGCAUCUGAAAAAGCAGAAGAUGAAUUAAAAGUGGAAAAAAGAAAAUUGCAAAGAGAAGUAAGAGAAACACAAGCCCGUGUAGAAGAAUUGGAGACAGCAAAUUCUCAUCUACAAAGGCGAUUAGAUAAACUUAAAAAUGCAAAAUCGGCACUUUUAAAGGAACUUUGACAAAAUGAUGUUUGCAGAGAUGUACAAUGAAUGUGUCAUUUACUUAUAUCUUGAUUACUGUGUGCCGAUGUUGCCUCAAUAAUAAUACUACUUAACAUUUUGAACGUAGUUACAAAGGCGAAGAUGAUGUAUUAUCGUUAUAACAUUUCAUAUUGUAGUGGACGUCAUUCGGAUAUAGAUCCAUAGAAAAUUGCUGUGGAAAAGAUUUCUUUUUACAUUUAUCAAGUUUUUGAUACCAACUUUGUUACUCUUGCAUUAUAAGAAUAAUCUUGCUUUAGUAAAAUAACAAGAUACUUUUUAAUGCAAUUUGUAUGUUAAAAUUUUCUACAAAUUUACAAGAAGUUAUGAAGCUGAUUCAGAACUUUUAUAAAUGGCAAAUAAAUAGUGUAUUCGUUCCUGUUUUGUUGCAAUAAAUUCAUGAAAAUUA